AGGGCGCGGGAAGCCGGGGUCGGCAACGAGUGGGCAGGGGGGUGGGGGUGGACCCUGACCGAGCAGGUUUAGGCCUCUUGCUCCAGCAGCCUGAGUGGUGGCGAGGGGGCCUGGUCCUUACAGCCUGAGGCCUUACAUGUGUGUCUUUUCAUUGAGGUGAAUCUGAUUAAUGAGCCCCUGGUGGUAUUUGUUUGUGCAACUGCAGGCCAAGGAGAACCCCCCGACAACAUGAAGGGCUGUGUAUGGAUCAGGUGGUCUAUGUGUGUAUUUCAAAACCAGGACUUUACCAGAACAUUCUUCAGUUCCUUCAACAUUCUUGAGCAUACACUGUAUUCCAAGCGUGAUCUAGGGCUGGGCAUCCAGCCAUGAACCUAUUUCUGUCCUCGUGGAGCUCACAAUAGAGCAAAAGCAACAAUUUUCACAGGCAGUUACGAUACUAGGAGAUACAUGCUGCCAGGGAAAGUGCCAGAUGCCAUGGGGCAUUAAUACAAACUUUCUAGCCCAACCUGGGGCCUUAGGGAGAGCUUUCUGGAAGGAAGGCUUGUAGGGCUAAGUCUUGAGGGGGAAGUGGGGCUGGCCUGUGCAGAGGAGAAAGACUACAUCUGGGAAGACCAGGAAGCAUUUCAGUGUGACAGUGCCAAGGAGAGCACGAGGGUGGGAGGAGAGAUGGGAUGCAGGAGGCCAGGCCUGGCUCCAAGCAGCCCAGUAGCCACAGUAAGGUGGACGACUCGAGGUGAGGAGCCAUGCAAUCCACUGGGUGAUUCAGGCACAUUUGUAUUCCAGCAAAACUGCCACUUGCUAAUGGGGAGGGCAGGGUACAGGAGAGCAAGAACCCCAGAGGAUGCACCCUGCGGGCAGUAGGCUGGUGGCCUGAGCCAGGAUGAUGUCAGGCAGUGGAAAAAUAGACGUGUUCCUGAGAUGUUAGGUAGAACCCAGAGAGCAUGGAAUCAGGUUCAGGCUGGAGGACCAGAAUGGAUGGCAGUUCCGUGCACAGAGGGACCAGGAAGGCCAAGUGCUAGAAGUUGUCCAGGUGGAGAUGCAGGUUUGUGUGGAGAUCUAGCAAGGAUCUUGGGUGAGGCGUGAGCCAGGACACACCUUCUCCUGGGACAAGGUGCCCUGAGCACCAAGGCCGUGAGAGGUGGAGGAGGACAGGGCAGGAAAGCGGCCCCCACACAGUCAAGAGGGUCAGGGGCACAGAAGUGACUUGUGAGAAGAAGGUUUGCAGCACCCAAAUCUGCACAGAAAUGAAGUGAGAGAAGGCAUGAGCGGCACUAGUCAGGUUUAUCAACAAAGGGACUGUGAUCGUGACCGUGGGGAAAACAGUUUCAGUAACUCACAGGGAGUGAAGAGGGUCACAGGCUCAACCAGUGAGUGAGUGUAGAAAAUCUGCAUUGAACCAACUGGUGCCUGGCGGACUCAGUCCAUUAGGCGUCCAACUUGAUCUCAGCUGAGGUCACAGCCUCAGGGUCUUGAAUUCAAGCUCCGUGCCCAGUGUGGAACUUACCCAAAAAAAAAAAAAGAUUCUGGCUGUGAAUGGGGCUAAGGGGUUGGAAAGAAAGUAUUACUAAGAUAAGAGAGAGCUGUUAUAUACUGGGAGGGGAGGUGCAGAGCACAGGGGCAGCCAGAGGCUUAAGAUUAAAGAGCAAGGUCACUGUAGGGACAGAGUAGGACACCUGGGGCUGAGACCCUAGCACAGUCAGGAGGGGUCUCCCUAGACAGGAAGAGGCACAGGAGAGGAGGCAAAUGUGAGGGGAUCAGAUGCAGAAGGGUGGGUGCCCAGGACACAGGGCCUGGGAGGGGAGAGGAGACAGAGUUUGCUGAGGUGAGCUGGGCUGGGGUACAGGCUGGAUGUCAGCAGGAGGGGGCGAAGGUCAUCCCCGGAUGACUACAGGCAUAGACACCACCAUGGGAGUGGUCAGCAGGGGGCCCUCCCCAACCAGAGCAGGGCCUGGAGGCUCCUUGGAGAAGCUGCAGACUGAGGUCCCAGGGACAUGGAGGAAGGGGCAUGACGCCUGCUGAAGACCCGGUUUAGUGACCAGCUGCACAGAGGGGACCCCUCUGUAGGGCAAGGAAGUCACCAGAGUGGAAGACCCGGCAGGAUCCUGGCUGGAAGACCUAUGUGGGUGACAGGCCUGAGCUCAUGGUUUCCCGUCAGCUUCUUAACUACAAAUAGGCCACAAAGAACCACCACAGCCUCAGAAAGACACCACUGCAAGAAACCCAGAUAUAACCUGGGGGAGCAGGGACGGAGCAGGCCCCCCAGAACUUGGCACCCAUGGGACAAGAACACAAAACAGCAUGAAGCCAGAAGCAGAGGAAAUGCUUGGGAAAAUUUGAAAAGAUGAGAGUGACGUUGAAACAUCCUGGCAAGUCUGGUUGUCACGGGCUGAAGGUGAUGGAGAACCGUGUUGGAAAAGUGCUUCUGGAGGCUGGGGCCCAGCGCCGCCUAGGACAUGCUCCAUGAGGGCCCCUGGGUGGAAAGAACUUCUGGAGGUUCAUAUUCCGGAAGAACCUGCCAUCAACCUCCCUCUGUCAGAUGGACUUCGCUGUCUUGGGCCUCGGGGACUCCUCUUAUGCCAAGUUCAACUUUGUGGCCAAGAAGCUGUACCGUCGGCUGCUGCAGCUUGGGGGCAGUGCCCUCCUACCUCUGUGCCUGGGCGAUGACCAGCACGAGCUGGGGCCUGAUGCAGCUGUGGACCCCUGGCUGCACGAUCUGUGGGAGAAGGUGCUGUGGCUGUACCCCGUGCCCCCUGACCUUGGCGUGAUCCCCACCGGAGUCCCUUUGCCCUCCACGUUCACCCUGCACUUCCUUCUGGAGGCUCCCAGGACGUGCUCUGAGGAGCAGCAUGGGGCUAGCACAGAUCCUCAAGGCCCCCCUUCAGAGCGGCAGCCCUUCCUGGCACCCAUGGUCACCAACCAGAGGGUCACUGGCCCCUCACACUUCCAAGAUGUUCGGCUGAUCGAGUUUGACAUCACGGGGUCCGGGCUCAGCUUUGCAGCAGGUGAUGUGGUGCUAAUCCAGCCCGAGAACCGGGCCAGCGACCUCGGGCGGUUCUGCCAGGCACUGGGCCUGGACCCCGACCAGUACUUCACCCUGCAGCCCCGGGAGCCAGGCGUGCCCUGCCCUGCGCAACUCCCCCAGCCCUGCUCGGUGAGGCACCUGGUGGCCCACUACCUGGACAUUGCCAGCGUGCCCCGCCGCUCCUUCUUCGAGCUCCUGGCCUGUCUGUCUCCCCAUGAGCUGGAGCGGGAGAAGCUGCUGCAGCUCAGUUCCCCCCAAGGUCAGGAGGAGCUGUACUCGUACUGCAACCGGCCUCGAAGGACCAUCCUGGAGGUGUUGUGUGACUUCCCGCACACGGCAGGAGCCAUCCCCGCAGACUACCUCCUGGACCUCAUCCCCCUGAUCCGCCCACGGGCCUUCUCCAUCGCCUCUUCUCUGCUGGCUCAUCCCUUGAGGCUGCAGAUCCUCGUGGCUGUGGUACAGUACCAGACCCGCCUCAAGGAGCCUCGCCGGGGCCUCUGCUCCUCCUGGCUGGCGUCUCUGGAUCCUGGGCAAGGACCUGUCUAUGUGCCCCUGUGGGUGCGGCCGGGGGGCCUGACCUUCCCAGAGACACCAGACACACCUGUCAUUAUGGUGGGCCCUGGCACCGGCGUGGCCCCUUUCCGAGCAGCCAUCCAGGAACGAGUGGCCCGGGAUCAGACUGGAAACUUUUUGUUCUUCGGCUGCCGCUGGCGGGACCAGGACUUCUACUGGGAGGCGGAGUGGCUGCAGCUGGAGAGGAAGGGGUGCCUGAUGCUCUUCACAGCCUUCUCCCGGGAGCAGGAGCGGAAGAUAUAUGUGCAGCACCGGCUCCGCGAGCUCGGGCCAUUGGUGUGGGACCUGCUGGACCGCCAGGGCGCCUACUUCUAUCUGGCAGGCAACGCCAAGUGCAUGCCAGCAGAUGUGUCGGAAGCCCUAGCAUCCAUCUUCCAGGAGGAGGGGGGGCUCUCUGGCCCUGAUGCCGCUAACUACCUUGCCAGACUCCAGCGGACACUGCGCUUCCAGAGAGACCGCAGGUUCCCAGUCACCCUGUGCCACAUCUGUGUGCCCUGCCACAAAGUGCAUGGCUUGGGCUCAGGCUGGAGGUCAGCAAGGACCAGAGCCCCAGGGGGAGGAGGCCCCCAGCCAGCACAGGCUCUCCCUGCCUCCAUCUUGGAAAGCCUCAGUAAUAAAUUGUGGGCUCUGCGUGGCCGUUUCUGACC